CUCACAAGUCCCACCAAUUCCACUACACACUCCAUUCCAACUUCAGUUUCAACUUCUCGCGACAAUACCACUUCAUUCUCUGCUACCGUUAAUUUGGAAAUCAGCCGUGAAAGAGCGUCGGAAAUUGUGGACGGCGUGAUUUUCCGGCGAUUAAUUCAAGUUUUGUGGAUGAAUUAGAACAACUAAUCGAUUCUGGAACUUUGAUUUUUGAUUUUUGAUUUUUGAUUUUUAAAAUAUUUUUCAUUCUAGCCGUUAAUAUAUGCCUCAAACUGCUCCUUACUUUAUCGACCAUACCUAAUUUCGUUAAUUCAAUCCUUUUCAAUUUGAAUUACUAUAGCAAAUACUCAAAUUUGUUGCUAAAUUUGUUCAAAUUGUGUGUUAAACUGUAGUGUGAUUGAGUGAUAUUCAACUGAUUGUAGUUUUGCAGCAGCAUUUUCUGUCUCCUACAUUCAAAUUCUUAACUUGCAGAGCAUCAAUGGCGGAAACACCGAUCAAAAUGAAGAAACACUCAGGUGUAAAAAGCCGCUCAAAACCCUUGAAUUCACCUUCUUCUCUUCUCUCUCCUCAAACCCCCAACACUCAAACUCCAUCUCGCCGUUUUUCUGAGCUCAAUUCAUCUGCAAUGGAAUUAACUCCGGUUCGUCGAUCUUCUCGUCGUUUAUCGCUUCCCGCCGACGAUUUUAUCCCAACCCCAGAAAAACCCACCAUGAAAUUACCCCAGAAAACCCUACCCAAGUCUCCCAAAACCCCGAAAUCGGCAAAAAAAUCGAAAAUUUCGAGUCCCCAUGUUGAGAAAGUCCCGACCCAUGAACCAUUUCAACCAAAGUCGCCAGCCUUGUCUGAAAAAGGGAAGAGAAAAAGAGGGGAUGAAUUGGAAAUUGUUGCGAAAACUCGAGCUCAAGCUAGAACUAGAGCUCGAAAUGUACCCAAGAAAAGGGUGUAUUAUAAGAGAGUAAUGUAUGAUGAGGGUGAAUUUGCAGUUGGGGAUGAUGUUUAUGUGAAGAGGAGAGAGAAUGCGAGUUCGGAUGAGGAGGAUCCUGAGGUGGAGGAAUGUAAAGUGUGUUUUCGAGGCGGGAGGGGAGUGAUGAUUGAGUGUGAUGAUUGUCUUGGUGGGUUUCAUUUGAAGUGUGUGAAACCACCAUUGAAGGAGGUUCCUGAAGGUGAUUGGAUUUGUGGUUUUUGUGAGGCUAAGAAAUCUGGGAAGGAGGUUGAGCUUCCAAAGCCACCUAAGGGGAAGAAGAGGGUUAGGACUUUGAAGGAGAAGCUUCUUACAAGUGAUUUGUGGGCUGCUAGGAUUGAGAGCAUAUGGAAAGAAGUGGAUGGAACCUAUUGGUUUCGGGCACAUUGGUACAUGAUCCCGGAGGAGACUGCAGCUGGAAGACAGCCACAUAAUUUGAGGCGAGAGCUGUAUCGCACCACUGAUUUUGCUAAUGUAGAGAUGGAAACUGUCUUCAGGCACUGCUUUGUAAUGAGCCCAAAAGAGUUCACUAAGGCUCAAAAUGAAGGGGAUGAUGUCUUCUUUUGUGAGUAUGAAUAUGACGUACGUUGGAAUUCUUUCAAGCGGCUUGCGGAGAUCAAUGCCGGAGAAGAGGAUGACGAAAAAAAUGAUGAUGAUAGUGGUGAUGAAGAUUGGAAAUCUACAAAGGACUUAGAGUCUGAGUCAGAGGAAGAUGUAGACUUCGAGGAGGAGAUUGAAAAGAGAAAAUCUUAUGGACCAUCUUCACACGAGUUGGCUGCAAAUUCAAGGAAGGGGCGAAUCUUUGGACUUCAGAAAAUAGGUAUGAAGAGUAUUCCGCAGCAUGUAAGAUGCCAUAAGCAAACAGAGCUUGAAAGGGCCAAACAGACGCUGCUGUUAGCAACUUUACCGAAGUCACUCCCCUGCCGCAACAAAGAAAUGGAAGAGAUUACUGCAUUUAUAAAAGGUGCUAUAUGUGAUGAUCAGUGUCUUGGACGUUGUCUGUACAUCCAUGGUGUUCCUGGGACGGGAAAGACUAUGAGUGUACUUUCGGUGAUGAGGAGCCUUAAGUCUGAACUUGAAUCAGGAAGUAUUAAGCCCUACAGUUUCAUAGAGAUUAAUGGUCUGAAACUAGCUACGGCAGAGAACAUAUACAGGGUUAUUUAUGAAGCACUAAGUGGACACAGAGUCAGUUGGAAAAAGGCCCUCCACUUCCUCAAUGAGCGUUUUUCAGAAGGGAAACAUGUAGGCAAAGGAGAAAACAAACCGUGCAUUCUUCUCAUUGAUGAACUUGAUCUUCUUGUAACCAGAAGCCAAUCGGUUCUUUAUAACAUUCUCGAUUGGCCAACAAGACCAAAUUCCAAGCUCAUUGUGAUAGGAAUUGCUAAUACAAUGGACCUUCCAGAGAAGUUGCUUCCUCGUAUAUCAAGCCGUAUGGGAAUACACCGACUCUGUUUUGGUCCGUAUACCUACAAGCAACUUCAAGAAAUCAUUAUGAGUCGACUUAAAGGAAUUGAUGCUUUUGAUAAGCAAGCUGUGGAAUUUGCUUCUAGAAAGGUAGCUGCUAUUUCUGGAGAUGCACGUAGGGCUCUGGAGAUUUGUCGGCGUGCAGCAGAAAUUGCAGAUUACCGUAUCAAGAACCAGGUCUCCUCAGCUGAAACUGCUUCUGCUGAGGAAACGCGCGUUGGAAUGGCAGAAGUUGAUGCAGCUAUACAGGAAAUGUUCCAGGCACCUCACAUUCAAGUGAUCCGGAGCUCCUGCAGACUGGGUAAGAUAUUUUUGGCAGCUAUGGUGCAUGAGCUUUACAAGACAGGAAUGGCUGAAACCACCUUUGAAAAGUUGGCUCUCACUGUUUCCCGCUUUUGUAAUAGCAAUGGCGAGCAGUUUCCUGAAUGGGAUAUUCUUUUAAGAGUUGGGUGUAAACUUGGUGAAUGCCGAAUCCUCCUAUGUGAGCCAGGUUCCAGGCACAGGUUGCAGAAAUUGCAGUUGAAUUUUCCUAGCGAUGACGUGACAUUUGCUCUGAAGGACUGUCAGGAGCUUCCAUGGUUAGCAAAAUACUUGUGAUAACGACCGGAAAUGCAUCAACAAAAAUGCAGCAACUCCAAUUCCCUGAAUGGUAUUACCAUAUUAGGUCUAUGAUAUAUCCAUAGUCGAGCCAUGUUAAUUUAUUGUUGUAGUAACAAGUUCAUCCGAACUUCAUUUUUUCGUUCUGAGCAUAUCAUGUAUUAAUAUUUAUGCAUUGAUUUGCAAAGGAGAAAGCCAUUUUUGGUUGUCAACUAGGGCAGACUUACAGGGAACAAAUUGUAUCAAUUGAGGUUUACCAGGUUUUUGAAUACUGUACAUGAAACAAGGGAAACUAUAAAAUUGGAUUUUGUAAA